GCAUGCCUUUGUAAUUAUUACAAAGUUGUUAGUAUAAUGUAUACUUAAUUUUAAAAAAAUGGCAGUGCAAACAACGAUUGGCGAAAGGCAUUUCCAAAAUACCGAAAGUAUUUUAUAGGUACUAUUUAUUCUUAAACUAUUUAUUCUUAAAUGUAAUGUGGUAUCAGUGAUCAACAUCUAUUCUGCAUUCGGGGGAAAUAUAAUGAGACAAAUGGUCAUAGAACUUCCAUUUGCCAAUCGACAUUUGCAGUUUGCAAUGAUAACGUCUUUUGAAAUAAGUUCCUUCGAUAACUUAAAGUAUAUUGUUGCGAUCACCUCAUGGCGUCAUAAUGCUAUGAUUUGUUAAACCUGGAACUAUAGAUUUACCGGACUAUAACUAUGCUGAACUAUAGAUUGGCUGGACUAUAUGCACAGCAAAAUAAAGUGGGCGUUCAAAGUUUCACUCCACCUGCUCUUCCUCUAAUUCACUAAAAACUGGUAGUCGACUCUGCCAAGUUUCGUCAUUAACAGGAUUCUUAAGGGCGGAUUGAAGAAGGUUUAAUCAUCACAAACCUAGUAACAACAAAUUAGUAGUGCGAGACGCAAAAACAUUACAACCAUAAACAACCAUAUAAGACAACUGGGCACGGACCCCGCGGGUAAAUAUGACCGAUAAUCCCACUGGCCCUCCUACGGUAACUUGACAAUGACCAGAACGAUUUUGGCAAUAAAAAUGUUGAUAAAUAAGGUCAUCCUUAACUCUGUAGAUUUUUUUUUUUCAAAACUGUUUAGCGAGGCGCUUUGUUUGUCUCACGCUUCGUUGGACAGCAAUUCAACUUUCAAGUAUUUCAUAUCUUCUACAUUAAGUAAAUGCAAUUUUCAAAUAUGAAUGAAGUCCAGCACAUCCCAAGUUUUUUUCAGUUCAUUUCUUUUUACGUCGGUCUGAUAUGCAGGGGAAGAGUUUUGUGGCAGCAGUCGAGUAUGCGUGACUAUGCAAAUAUAUAACGGAUCAAUCUUAGUCCAAGCGACCUUAUUAUACAUUUCCACAUGCCCUUUUUGAGGGUUUAGUUUAUUGUCAUUUGUUCGCUGUAGACAUAAAGAGCUCAUUUCUUAAAACCUCGCAUAAACCCAUAUUUGUGGAAAAGUCUGAGCGCAUUAAGUAUAUGCAAUUUUCAAAUAUGAAUGAAGUCCAGCACAUCCCAAGUUUUUUUCAGUUCAUUUCUUUUUACGUCGGUCUGAUAUGCAAGGGAAGAGUUUUGUGGCAGCAGACGAGAAUGCGUGACUAUGCAAAUAUAUAACGGAUCAAUCUUAGCCCAAGCGACCUUAUUAUACAUUUCCGCAUGCCCUUUUUGAGGGUUUAGUUUAUUGUCAUAUUUGUUCGCUGUAGACAUAAAGAGCUCAUUUCUUAAAACCUCGCAUAAACCCAUAUUUGUGGAAAAAUACGAGCGCAGGGCCUUGAUAUGCUUUCUCAAAAGAAGACCCAAAGCUGUGAUCGAGAGAGCAAAACGUCUGAAACGUCUUCUUGAGCAGGAAGUUGUUUAUGUCGAGAAACAGAGAGCUGCCGCUGUCGGGCAUAUUGAACAGACUCUUAUUAGCAUCACAGCAUACUUCAUGAGAUUGAUACAAGAAACCAACCAGCGCGCGGCAAAAGUGGAAAAGGGGAUUCAAGAAAAGAUCACAAAAGCGGAAGAAUAUCUAGAAAGGCUCGAAAGCAACGAGAAGAGAAAACAGGAAGGUACAUACGGGAACGAUAAAGAAACGUACGAGAACGAUGAAGAAACGUACGAGAAUGAGGAAGAGGAUCUUGAAAUCCCAGUGGAUUUUAUUUCCGUCCAUCUAGAGUACCAUCCCAAUACUGCUAUCCUUCAAGUUAUUGAAUGUGGUGAAGUAGGCAAGGUCGAGGUAUACCCUUGUUUAGUUGACCCAUCCAAGACUACUUGGACAAUAGAUAAAGAAUAUUGCAGAGAAGGUGAGAUGGUUACAAUGACCGUCAACACCAGACACACAUCCGGGUUAAGCACCUACUGUCCAAGGGAUGCCUUAGCUGUAGCCAUAAACGAUGGUUCCAAGUCCGAGCAGCUAUUACAGUGCAUUGAUUCCAAAACAGGAAUAUAUCAAUUCGAACUGACUGCGGGGAAACCUGGUGUUUAUCAUCUGUCAGUCAAAGUAAAUGGGAAGGGGGCUACAUCCGCCCAUGAACUAACUGUGCUACCGCCGGAAAAGUUCUCUGUCGAAAAUCCCCUCGGAAUAGACACCAUCGAUAUCAACCCAUCUACGUCUUUAGUGCUUGUCUGCGGCAGAAAAUAUCAUGAAGUGAAAAUGUUCCUGAGUCAUGGUGCGUUUGUGAGGACCAUCGGCAGCGGCCGCCUGAAGCAGCCUUGCUGUGUCGUACAUCUUCUAGACUCGAACCUGCUGCUGGUCUCAGACGUGGGCAACGAUGCCAUUUACACAUUAACUAACACUGGCGACUUCGUGGGGACAUUUUGCAAGAGUGGGCAUGGCAAAGGCGAGGUACGGGGGCCCCUUGGUUUAUCCCUUGGUAAAGAUGGCGAGGUUCUGGUGUGUGACAGCGUCAAUAACCGCAUACAGGUUCUUUCAUCAAAUGGGGAUUUCAUCAGGAGUUUUGGAGGCCGGGAAAGUAUGCAUUUCCGGUAUUGCGUUUACAGUCACGGGCUAUAUUACGUGACGGCUAGUGGUCACACAAGAGUCUCGGUGUUCAAUGAUCUAGGUGAGUUCGUGGACGUGUUCCGUGAUUGUCGAGGCGCGUUUCAUGUACUUCAUGAGCCAAGAGGUCUUGCCGUCUCACCCGAUGGUCAACUUGUGGCGGUUUGUGAGAAGGAUAAACACAUGGUUCACAUUUAUAGGGAUAGAAGGCUUGAACGAAGUAUCGGGUCCUUCGGUCGGGGGCCCCGGCAGUUUAACAUGCCCCAAGAUGUCAAGUGGCUAGGCGAGUCUCAGAUUAUUGUGAGUGACUACGGCAAUAAUAGAUUGCAAGUGUUGGACUUGCUAGAAGAGGGAUGCUUAGCAACGUAAGAGAGUGUGAAUUGAGUGACUAGACUUUAGUCAAGAAGACCUGAAUUACAUUCUUCGAGCCUUACUGGCCCCACUUUCGCUUACUCCUACAAAUGGAAUUUUCUAAUAGGACACCCCCACCCCUUCCCUUUCCCACAAUUUCCAAGAAUUUCAGCCGUGGAAAGCAGUGUUUAUAUGGAAUAUACAUUUGAGAUAUAGUGGAGUAAGGGUAAGAAUUUGGAUGAAUUGUAUCCCAUGAUGUCAUGAUAAAGAAUCUUAACAAUAGAUUGCAAGUGCUGGACUUGCUAGAAGAGGAUGCUUAGCGCUUUAUGAGAGUGUAAAUUGAGUAGCUAAUGUAUUGAGUAGCUACAAUAUUAGUCAUAAAGACUAGCUAGGGUUAGGGCUAGAAUUUGAGUAACUAGAAUUGUAUCAAAAAAUGACAUGAUAGUCGAUGUAUAUAUCUGUUAUAUUUGUUGCCUUCGUCUCCGCUGGCCAGGCGCGUCUCAAAUUAUUGUGACAAAAGAUUACAAGCGUUGAUUGUGCUGGGAGCUUAGAUAUUUAGCUGUGACAGUCUAUCAUGUUGACAUGUGCCUUUGUGUCUCCCAUAUAUUGUGUGCAAUAGUUGUUACAAUGUAGUUCUUAAAGAUUAAGUGUAGUACGUUACACGAAAUAUGAUCAUCUAUAAAUACAAACAGAUAUUUUACUGUG